GUGCAAAUUUGGCGCGCCAGUUUCAAUGAGAUCGCCAGUGGUACGAGUACGACUGCUGCUGUGCGAGUUAGACGUCAGUGAGCGGGAACUGGAAAGCAUUUGCGCCCUUGGCAGCCGCCCAGGUAGUUAUCAAGCUCUGACUGAGUCUCCGCUGCGGAAUCUUUCUCAAAGUGAGUGGUGAAAAUAUGCAGUAACCAUGGUGACUCCAUUUGUAGAUGGUUGGGACUUUGUACAGACGCUGGGUGAAGGAGCAUACGGAGAGGUCAAGUUAGCUGUCAACCGAUCGACAAAUGAAGCAGUAGCUGUGAAGAUACUAAAUCUUGAUAAACAACAAGGAGCGGCUGAUUGUGUCAGAAAAGAGGUAUGCAUUCAUCGGAUGCUAGCCGAUCCUCAUAUCAUCCGUUUCUAUGGUCAUCGCAAAGAGGGCAGUAUUCAAUAUUUGUUUGUGGAGUACGCCAGUGGGGGAGAGCUUUUCGAUAGGAUAGAGCCUGAUGUUGGAAUGCAAGUUACCGAAGCCCACCGUUUCUUUUCACAACUCAUAUCUGGUGUGGAGUACCUGCAUAAGAAAGGGGUCACACAUCGCGACCUCAAACCAGAGAACUUACUCUUAGAUGAACACGAUAACCUGAAGAUAUCCGACUUCGGGCUAGCCACAGUAUUCAGGCACCAGGGUAAGGAGCGUCUCUUGGGCAAGUGUUGCGGGACACCACCUUACGUUGCCCCAGAGGUCCUCAAGAGAAAGGAGUAUCAUGCCGAGCCAGCUGAUAUAUGGUCCUGUGGGAUCAUACUCGUAGCCAUGCUUGCUGGGGAAUUACCUUGGGACGAGCCUACAUAUAGCUGUAACGAGUUUUGUGAUUGGCUGGAUAAGAAGAUGCAUCUGUCCCCAUGGAAGAAGAUUGACACCACACCACUUGCCCUUCUGAGGAGGAUUCUGACAGAGACCCCGGCCAAGAGGAUAACCAUACAGAACAUCAAGAAAGAUCGCUGGUAUAGAUCAAAAGGUACCAUAGGAAGAGUACCCACAAGCUCACCGAAUACAGGGAGCAUGAAGAGAGUCUGUACUGGAAAUGAUCUAUCACCACUUGCAGCUGGAAAUAACAAAAUCUCGUCUUCACAGCCGACGUACCAAACCAAUGGCCCAUCCACGCCAGGCGAGGGCAGUAUUCCUAGCUCUGUGGAAGAACUAGUGAAUGGGUAUAGUUUCUCCCAGCCUGUUCACAUGGACAACAUGUUGCUUGGUAGUCAACUUCAGUGUACGCCAGGAGCUUCACAGACUCCGAUGCAGAGGCUUGUAAGGCGUAUGACGCGGUUCUUCACAAACUGUGGCUUUGAGAAAACAUUGAAGGUCCUAACAGCUACCCUUGAUAAACUCACCGUGUAUACAUGGAAGAAAAGCUGUCCAAAUCAGGUGACUAUAUCUACUCUUGACAAACGUAAGAAUCAACUCACAUUCAAGGCUAACCUACUAGAGAUGGACAAAAAGGUCCUGGUUGACUUCCGAUUAUCAAAGGGUGAUGGUCUGGAGUUCAAGAAGCACUUCUUGAAGAUACAGGACAAGCUUCGUUCAACUUCAAUCGUUGUGAAAGGUCCACCUCUCAUGCCGCUAUGAUCGAACCUCGAAAUUGACCUUUGCCAUGGUGAAUUUUGACCUUUGAUGCCAUUGUGAACUUUGAACCUUGGUGCAUUGUGAACUGAACUCUGACCUUUGUCAUCUUGAACUUUAACCUACCGUGCCAUGAUGAAGGUUGACCUUUGCCCAUGUUCAGAACAAAUUGCAUCUACACUCUUAGCCAGAACUCCAGUUCCAAUUAUACUGGUAGUCUGGUACAUUUACCUGCGCUGGAACUGAACAGGUGUUAUUUCAGAUUCCUGCUCGACAUAGAGUACCGAAGUGUGACGUCAGUUGCAAUGGUGUCAUGGCGGGCUGGUUCUAAACAUAGUCGCAGCUGAUGAUGGUCUGUACACAUAUGUAUGACUUUUGCUCAUGAAAAAUAGGUUGCAAGUGAUCAAAUUCCGAUAGCAGCCAUUUUCUCCUUUUAAAAACACGCUUUUAUUGGGCAGGUUCAUUUGUUUAGAACCAGGCCGCCAUGACACCAUGGCAACUGACGUCAUCCAUUCGGUAUUCUAUUGCAUCAGUACUAGAACCCAGUUUCUGAUGUAAGAACUACUGGAUCAAUAAACCCACCGUCAUUUUCAUUAGGGAAAAGGUCCAUCGAUUCAUCUCACCUCUCAGGAAAAUCUGUACAGUAUUAUAUCACUGAAAACAAACUGAUGUAAUUUCAGCUUCUUCAACGAUUUGUAAUGGACAGGCCACCAU